GGAAAUGUAGUCUGUCCUUGUCACCCAGCCCGCUCAGAACGAGAGCGGCUCUUCCUGGCUCCUUCUGCGCACGUGCAGCUCCGCCCCUUUAACGCCAUCUCAACCCGGAAACUGCAGUCUGUGUGUCUCCAGGUUCUGCUUCAGCAGCCUCGGGGGUUGGAACUUGUGAGCUCGGAGGAAAUGAGUAGAGUGUUUUGAGCAGAAGAAUCUUGGACCAACCCACACCAGUUCUCUUAUGCCCACUCCAUUUACCUUCUUUCUCCACUGUACUUCUGGAGUCCUUUCUGUUUCCAGGUGAAACAAAACAUGACUAAGUCCCUGGGGUUGGUGUCAUUUGAGGAUGUAGCUGUGCAUUUCACCUGGGAGGAGUGGCAGGACCUGGAUGAUGCUCAGAGGACCCUGUACAGGGAUGUGAUGCUGGAGACCUAUAGCAGCCUGGUAUCAUUGGGACAUUGUAUUACCAAACCUGAGGUGAUCUUCAAGUUGGAGGAAGCAGCAGAGCCAUGGACAGUAGAAGAACCCCCUAACCAGAGCCUCCCAGAUGUCCCGAUAGUUGGUGAUCUAAUUGAGAGAAAUCAGGAAAGUCACCGUAGACAGUUGUGGCAACUUCUCACCAACAGCAGAACCUCAACUGAGAAGAGAAUUGAAUUAGGAAAAACAUUUAAUUUGAUCUCACAUCAUAUUUUAAAUCAGAUUAUAAAUAAUGGAAACUAUGCAGGAAGGAGACCUGAAGAGUUUAGUUUAUGUCAGAACAUGGUUCUCUCUAGUGAGCCCAAUGAGAUGCAUGCUAGCAAGGACCCUGACACCCGUACUGUCACUGGAAAAUCUCUCAGACAUCAUGAGUACCUUAGUCAGUAUCACAAAACCCAAACUGAGUGGCAGCCUUUUGAAUAUACUGGACAAAGGAAAACUUUCAACUCAGAAGGAAUAUUAUUGACCCAUAAUAGACUUCAUAUAGGAGAGACCACCCGUAAAUAUAGUGAAUAUGUGAAAACCUAUGAUGGGUCAGCUCUCAAGGCUCAAGAGUUAACUCAGAUAGAGAGGAAAACAUUUUCAUGUAAUGUGUGUGGCAAGAUGUUCUAUGAAAAAUCUAAAUUCACUAAACAUCAGAAAAUACACACAGGAGAGAAACCCUAUAAAUGUAAAGAAUGUGAGAAAUCCUUCAUUAGCAAAUCAAAGGUUAUACGACACGAGAGAACACAUACAGGGGAGAAACCAUACAGAUGUAAUAAAUGUGAGAAAUCCUUUCGUCAGAAGUCAAACCUAACUGUUCAUCAGAGAAUUCACACAGGCGGAAAAUCCUAUAAAUGUUUUGAAUGUGGAAAAACUUUUGGCCAAAAAUCAACCCUUAUUGUACAUCACAGAAUUCACACAGGUGAGAAACCCUAUGAAUGUAAAGAAUGUAGGAAAUCUUUCAACAUGAAGUCAAACCUCACUGUGCAUCAGAGAACUCACACUGGAGAGAAACCCUACAAAUGUAAAGUAUGUGGAAAAACCUUUUGUCAGAAAUCACACCUCACAAUGCAUCAAGCUAUUCACACAGGGGAGAAGCCCUAUGAAUGUAGUGAAUGUGCAAAAACUUUCUCAGAUAAGUCAAGUCUUGCUGUGCAUCAGCGAAUUCACACAGGUGAGAAACCAUAUGAAUGUAAAGAAUGUAGGAAAUCUUUCAACAUGAAGUCAAACCUUACUGUACAUCAGAGAACUCACACUGGAGAAAAACCCUAUGAAUGUAAAGAAUGUAGGAAGUCUUUCAACAAGAAGUCAAAACUCACUGUACAUCAAAGAACUCACACAGGAGAGAAACCCUAUGAGUGUAAAGACUGUGGAAAAACCUUUUCUCAGAAAUCACACCUUAGAAUGCAUCAGCGUACUCACACCGGAGAGAAACCCUAUCAAUGUAACGAAUGCAAGAAAACUUUCUGUGAUAAGUCAGGCCUCACUGUACAUCAGAGAAUUCACACUGGUGAGAAACCAUAUGAAUGUAAAGAAUGUAGAAAAUCUUUCAACAAGAAAUCAAAACUCACUGUACAUCAAAGAAUUCAUACUGGAGAGAAACCCUAUGAAUGUAAUGACUGUGGGAAAACCUUUUGUCAGAAAUCACAGCUUAGCAAACAUCAGAGAACUCAAGGAGAGAGACCUUACAAAUACAGUGAUUGCGGCACUUUUUGUCAGAAAUCACACUUUCGGAAACAUCAGAGAACUCACAUGGGAAUCCUUUAUGGCAUUUAGUGAAGUGUUUUCCAAAACCUGUUCUCUUUUCUCCAGUUUUCAACAACAUUUCUCUGCCUUCUGUUGUUGUGGCAGGACCAUGUAACUGACCUCUGUCUGGGUGAAUAUAGACUGGUGAUCAUUACAUAAAGGCCUGUCAACAUAAAAUGACCAUAUGGUCCUCUGCAUUCUGUGUCCUCUGCAACUGAAGUUCAGAUGAAACCUAUGGUGAAUUUGGGAGCCGUAGUUGGGAGAAAGAAUUAAUUGGGGAAACCAGAGAUCUUCCACUUCUAUGCCAAAUCCUCCAUGUGUACUUCAUGUGAGAAAUAAAUUCCUACUCUACUGA